CGCCGGCGGGGAGCGGGCGGGAAAUCGGCGGCGCGGAGCUGUGAGGGACGUGCGGCAGCCCGGGGGCGGGAGCGGUCUGCAUGCAGAGGAUUGUCUCUAACCUGCCAUCUGCGUUCUUUGACGUUCGGGUUGGUGUGCUGACGGGCUAAACACGAGGUGAAUUAGAAUGUCAAUAGUUGCAGUCCAGCUUGGCCAGUGUGGUAACCAAAUUGGUCAUGAGGUGUUUAACACCAUCUGUGCCGAUGUCCGUGGCACACACGGGUUGUGUUCCAAGAAGGAGAAUGAAGCCUACCACCAUGCUUGUACAGAACGGUUUUUCAGCGAGGCAGAGUCUGGAGUACCUGUUGCCCGGGCUGUGCUUGUUGACAUGGAACCUAAAGUAAUCAGCCAAACUUUAUCGAUAGCUGCCCGGUCUGGCCACUGGAAAUACGAUGAUCAGUCGCACUUCUGUCAGAAACAAGGGUCUGGGAACAACUGGGCAAAUGGUUACUCUGUUCACGGGCCUAGAAACAAAGAAGUAAUCAUGAAUCUAGUGCAAAAAGAAGUAGAGAAGUGUGACCGACUCAGUGGAUUUUUCACAAUAAUGAGCAUGGCUGGUGGUACAGGUUCUGGCCUCGGAGCAUUUGUGACUCAGUGUUUAAGAGAUGCUUUUCCAAGCUCGUUUAUACUAAACCACGUUAUCUGGCCCUAUGGCACUGGUGAGGUCAUUGUUCAAAACUACAACUCUGUUUUGACUCUGUCACAUCUGUAUCAGUCAUCAGAUGCUCUUCUUGUUCAUGAAAAUGAUGUCAUCCACAAGAUCUGUGCUCAGCUGAUGCACAUUAAACAGAUCUCCUUCAGGGAUGUAAAUCAAGUCAUUGCACAUCAACUGGGGAGUGUUUUCCAGCCUGCUCACACAGCAGAAGCUGGAUUUCACUACAGCAGAAACCCUUUAGGAGACUUAAUGGAAACUUUAGUUCCACAUCCUGAAUUCAAGAUGUUGGGUCUCCGUAACAUACCUCAGAUGCCUGAAAACUGCCUUGCAUAUAGCACGUUCAGUUGGCCUGGACUCCUCAAACAUCUGAGGCAAAUGCUCAUUGCUAAUGCUAAAAUGGAGGAAGGUAUUGAUUGGCAAGUACGGCCACCAUGCCCAGGCUCCUCUAUCUCCUCCAGUCACUCCACAAAGAAGCUGCUGCAUUUCAAUACUUCCAUUGCCAACCUGGUCAUCCUGCGAGGAAAAGAUACACACAGUGUAGACUUAGGAAGUUUCCGAGAUCCCUCAUUAUAUACAUCAUGGCUAAAUCCUCAGGAUGCUUUUAAUGAGUGGAAAACCCCAAGAGCAUUUAAUAAGUAUGAAAAGUCUGCUUCUCUGGUUAGCAAUAGCCAGUUCCUGCUGAAACCUCUUGACAAUGUUGUAGGAAAAGCUUGGAAUAUGUUUGCUUCCAAAGCCUACGUUCACCAGUACACUAAGUUUGGAAUUGAAGAGGAGGAUUUCUUGGACAGUUUCACAGCUCUGGAACAAGUUAUCUCCAGUUACACCAACCUUUGAUUUUUGAAAUGGUUUCUUCCUGAAAGAACCCAGCACUGGAAGACCUUCCAUCAACUAUCAAAUAUAUAAAUUACUGGACUACAACUAUUUGUUAAUCUUGUGAGCAAGGCAUGUAUUAGAAUCAAACUGGAUGAGAACUGAGUAUGUUUAUAUGCACAGAUAUUAUUCUUAUUUAACAGAUAUAGUAGCUGUUUUCCAAUACAGCUGAUAUCUGCUGUAGCUUAAUCUUUGAAUGUCAUUUUCAGAACUUGCAUAUUUUUAAUAAAGAAUUUCUAUACAGAA